AUUAGGAAAAUGAGCUGAGAAAACUUACAAUUAGGCAGCUGCUCCAGCCCUAGAGGGCAGCACAAAAUAAUAAAUAAAGAGCUGAACUCACAGGCAAUCUGAAAUCAUAUUCUGCCUAAUGAAAGUGUCCCUCUGCAAUAGGAAUUUUUACUAGCAGGUCUGGUAGGUUGAACACUGUGUACUCAUUGCCAAAAAUUAAACAUCUCAUCCAGACGUUCAGACUCCUCUUUCUUUGUUCGUAUCAAUCUCCCUAAUUCCUUCAUCACCCCAAAGAAAUCCACACAGGUACUUUAAGUCAGGUGCACGGUAGCUGACACCAAAUCCCAAUCCUUCCAUCAGGCUGGUAUCGCACUCUUGGACUAGUGGGACUGUUACUAAAAAAAGGGGUUAUGUCUUCCAGGAAAGAUUUCGAGAUUGUGGGCUUUCUAUUUAUCAACAGUGAAUCUGAAACCUCGAAUCCCUGAAUGCCAUUUUCAUAAUCAUGAUAGUGAUUUAGGUGGAGGGGUAGGAGGGCUGCAACGCUUCAGGAAUGUGACGCGCGGACACAAAACCCUAAAGUAAACACGCCGCCUGCACCGCGCACGGAGUUAAACAAUGCAACCGGCAACGAUAAGUCACUUAUUCCUCUGAGCAAACCCAGGGCCCGAUCCUGCCCAUUUCUGUGUCAAAAUCCCCUUGUUUUGCGACGCACGCCUGUCCCGCGCGAGGAUUGCAGGAUGUCGUACAGUAGCUGGCUUUGUUCAGAGCGCAGCGGUGCCUAGGACCCAGCAAGAGCCCGGAGAGGAGUCAGAGGGAAGACAAGCAACAUAAUUUAAAGCAGACAUUGUCCCAAAUAAGGAUAUUUCCCUCAAAAUGCCUUAGUUCUAAAGCUGCGAGUAAGCCGCUUUGCAUCCUGAAUGGGUGAAUGUGAAGCUGAAGAACAGUUUCAUCGGUGCCAGGAGUGAAUCAGUUUUGAAGACCUGGAUAUGCUUUUCAAAGACAUGAUAAGCAGUGCAUGGGGAUGCAAGAAACCCUUGAAACAAGCCUCGUGAUGCUCUGUGGGUGGAAGAUGCUGAGUAAUGAACCAUGAAACUGUACAUCAUCUUCUUCCUGGCAGUGGUGAACAGAGGGAUCUCCAACUAUCGGCCCACAGAGGGGACAUCCUGUGAAGUGGCAAACAUGCAGGCAUUUUGCCACAGCAAAGACCUUCACCAAAUCCCUCAUGAGCUCCAUCUGAAUGUAAACAAAAUAGAUCUGUCCGGAAACCUGAUUCAAAGUAUCCCUGAAAUGCCAUUAUCAUUUUAUACUUCCCUCCAGUGCCUGGAUUUAAGCUCUAACCAGAUAAGCUUCAUCAAGCCCGGAGUCUUUGCACACAUGACGAGAUUGCGGGAAAUAAAUUUAGCCAACAACCAUUUAUAUGAGUUUGCUCAGAAUGGGACAGCAGGGAUUGGACUUUUACCCAAGGUGGAAAUACUGGACUUGUCCCACAACAGUCUCUACAAUGGGAUGGCUGAGUAUUUCAUUAACGAAGCUCCAGCACUGCAGUAUCUUUCCUUGGCAGACAACAGUAUUAUAAUGAUAUCACAGCAGAUGUUUCAGGGAUCCCCCAGUCUUCUGGAGAUAGAUCUCCAGAGUAAUAUCAUCAUGGAAAUAGAAGAAGGUGCUUUUGAGACUCUAGCGAACCUUUCCAAACUGAAUCUCUCCAUGAAUUCAAUUACUUGCAUCUCUGAUUUCAGCCUCAGGCAGCUGGAGGUACUUGACCUUAGCAGGAAUAGCAUUGAGACCUUCCAUACCACAAAGUCAGAGGAUGAGUAUAGCUUAAGAUGCUUGGAUCUUAGUGAAAACAAACUGCAGGCCUUCCCAGUCUUCCCCCAGGUGAACAAGCUGGUAACUCUGAAUUUAUCAAAGAAUUUAAUUCAGCUCACUGAUGAAUCCCCUCAUAAUAAAAUGGACUAUAUGGAGAAAGACUGGCUAGAUGCAUCUUUUCAUCUUCUUGAUCAGAAGCAAAACAGAAAUAAAAGUUCUCUUUAUUUAUCCCAACUCGUAUAUUUAGACUUAAGUUAUAAUGAAAUCAAAUCUAUCCCGAAUGAGUUCUUUGAAUCCAUGUUGUCCCUUCACACCCUUAAUCUCAGUAAAAACUGUCUCCAGACUUUUACAGUAACUUAUGACAAUACAUUGAUCUCCCUGACCAUCCUUGACUUGAGCUACAAUGCUUUGCAGAACCUUUUCCUCGAUGCCGGCACACUGUCAAAUUUGAAGGAGCUCUAUAUUCAAAACAACCACCUUCAGACCCUGCAGUUUGAUAUCUUUUCACGUCUUCCUAGCCUCAAACUGCUUAAUCUACAGAGCAAUAAUAUCAGCCUUUGCAGCAUGUACUCAGGACUGGCUAAGCAAAGACUUGCUGGAGAGGAAAGUGGUUGUAUAUCAUUUGUUGAUUCUCCUGCUCUUCAGUACUUGUACCUAGCUGACAACAUGUUGACCAUCCUACCAGCAUACACUUUCUAUAAGACUUCCCUGGUUAUCUUGGAUCUCUCCAUGAAUCCAGGACUGAAAAUAGAAGUUAAAGCACUAUCAGGACUGGAAAGGUCUCUAGAGUAUUUGUAUUUACAUGGCAAUAGCCUGACAGAAUUAAACAUUGACUUGCCUUGUUUUAGUCACCUUAAACAUUUAAACCUCUCUGAAAAUCAGCUGAAUUGGCUACCCACAUGGGGUAGUGACUCCCCAUUGGAAGUUCUGGACCUACGGAAUAACAGGUUUAGUACGCUACAGAGUAGCAAUAUUUUAGCAUUAGAAAAUUCCCUUAAGAACUUGUAUCUCACUGGGAACCCACUCAAUUGCUGUGGAAACAUCUGGCUUUCAUCAAUGAUCCAGAACAAAAAUGUCCAGAUCCCCAAUGUAGAGCACUUAACAUGCCAUUACACUCAGAACUUCGGGUACCAGGAAGAAAUGCACAUUGGGAACAUUAGACCAGAAGACUGUGAAAAAGAGGAUCUAAAGAAAAUCAACUUUCUUAUUAUAUUAACAUUUGUUUUGGUGUUAUCCGUGAUCAUCAUUGGAGUGGGUUCAUUUUUCUGCUUCCGCAGGCAGAACUUUAGCCAUCAGUUUAAAGCAUAGUGCACACAAUGCCUUGACAACUGAAGAAAUCAGGUGCUACACUGCAAGUGUGUAGAAAUGAAGGGUAAAAUUAUUGUCUUUGAUUUUUAACUGUGGAUUUCAGGACCGUUUCAAAACUCCCCUGAACUGCACAACUACAGUGCUCUAACUUGUGGGAAUGAAUGGAGCAUUUGUCAUAUUUUGCACUUGCUUCAUUCACAAGCAGAUUGGUCUAAAAAGUUUAUACAGUGGUAACAGAGACCCCUAUAAAGCCCUUCUGUCGUAAGGGAUGAGUAACUUAAAUCUGACCAAAAAAAAGAAAAAAAAAAACUUUGUCAUCUUGAAACUUUUCAUUAAACUCAGAGAUAUUUUGCUGAUGCCACCUGCAUAGAAAGAAAUUUUGUAAAUUGAGCAUGUUAACUGAAUCACCUUUUUAAUGACAGUCACUGGGGCAGUUGAUGACAUCAGCUGGGUGGGAGAGUUUCGUGAAGCUUCACAAAAUGAUGCAUCUCCAUGAGGUAUUUCACUUUGGUCUGAACUUUGCUUUUUCCUUAAUGGUUAAAAAAAAGAAAACAGUUCCUAACCCUUCUUGAACUGAAAUCAUACAAACCAACACCACUGCGGAGCAAAAUAUGGUCAUGCACUCUUUUAUAUUUGAUUGCAAAUCUCCCGUGAAUUCCAAAGCAAAAAUAAUGUAGCUAAACAAGCAAACCACAUUUCAUGCUAGUCUGUUGUGUUCAUGACUGCCAUUUAGAAAUUCCACAGCUGUCCGUGGGAACCAAAGACUUUAACCGUAGGAAACUCUCUUUGGAUACCUCCUUUUGCUUGUGGGACAUUGCUUCAGCCACUGGGACAAGAUGCCAGAGAGAGAAGUGACCAAAUACACCCAUCUUGUCACUUAAUACCUGCGAGUGAUGCAACAGAAAUCUCAGGUGUGAAACAGCUGCGCUCUGCGUUACCCAGAUCUGCUCUGUUACCCAGAGCUACGUCACCCAGAUCUGCUCUGAAGGUCACAGUUCCACAGUUCAACUCAAAGAGGAGAAAUUUGACCCUCACGUGCAAUACAUAUUUAACUGGGUUUAAUGUGAAGAAAUUCAUCUCUUGGGUGAACGCUUUUAAAAAAAAUCUUAGAGAAUGAAUUUCAACCAGCUAACGUUGGACUGAUAUGUUUAUAUUUCUAAGGAAGACUGUUGGGAACUCACUGCAUGUGGUUGCAUUUCAAUGCAAAAAAAUAAUGUAUCUAAUUUUAUAGGUCACAGGACAUUAGACAGCGAAAAGGUGUUUUAAAGAUAUGAGUGUGAAACAACGUAAAGGGAACCUACUUCCAGGCCAUUAUUCAGAUUACAGGUCCACUGUCUCUAUGCAGAAAGAGAUUAUGGUCAAGAGGACUGACUACAUGAAAAAUUAUGUAGACCCUCAUUCUAUGAUGGGUUUAACAUGGUCAACUCAUUAUGUUACUAAAAGCAAAUGGUUAUGUUAUGCCCUGUACUCUGAUAGCAGAUUCACACUUUUCAAGUAAAAAUAAACUCACCAACACCUGCCCACAUCCUAUAGGGGUCCAGUGGCUUCCAAAAGAGCUAUAUCAGGGUUUCUGUUAAUGCCAGGAACUGUAUGUUAUGACACAUAAGAGAAACAGAGGUCUAACCCAAACCUAUCCAGGUAAUUAACUCAGAGUCAAAUUGCUGCUCCACUUCUGUUUCUUCCAGCUAGUGAAUGUCAAAAUUAACACACUACAAAAGGAUGUAUAGUUCUAUUUUUAAAGCAGUUAUGUAAGAAACUGGCUGGUAGUUUUCAUUGUGGGAUUUUGUACAAUAAAAACACCUUCAAGUUUUUGUAAAAUACACAGGGAUGUGAAUAUAUUAAAGCACCAGCUUGGAAUACUCCACAGAUGAAAA